AUGAGCCUGACAAACCCACCUUCCUCCGGUUCGCUCUCUACCCGAACAAGAACGGUCGGCCAGAACUUGAAACGGAAUUUGCAGGCCACAGUCGACGAAGCUCUCGACUCCCGAAAAUCCACCGGUUAUACCAGUAAAGUCCGAGUCCGAGAUCGAUAUCAUGUUGUGGGUUUCAUCAGUAGUGGAACCUACGGGAGGGUCUACAAAGCUAUUGGCAAAAAUGGCAAGAAGGGAGAAUUCGCGAUCAAAAAGUUCAAACCAGACAAAGAAGGCGAAUCCAUCCAAUAUACAGGCUUAUCACAGUCCGCCAUUCGGGAGAUGUCUCUCUGUACCGAAUUAUCCCAUGCAAAUGUCGUCCAAUUGGAAGAGAUUAUCCUAGAGGACAAAUGCAUCUUCAUGGUGUUUGAAUAUACGGAGCAUGACUUGCUACAGAUCAUUCACCACCAUACCCAACCACAGCGUCACGCCAUCCAAGCCAGUAUGGUCCGAUCAAUAUUGUUCCAGCUUCUCAACGGCCUGCUGUAUCUGCACACCAAUUGGGUCCUGCACCGAGAUCUCAAACCGGCCAAUAUCCUCGUCACCUCUAGCGGCGCCAUCCGCAUUGGUGAUUUAGGCCUGGCCCGACUUUUCUAUAAACCCCUUAACUCCCUCUUCUCCGGUGACAAGGUCGUCGUUACAAUAUGGUACCGAGCACCCGAGCUCCUCCUUGGAAGCCGACACUAUACCCCUGCCGUCGACAUGUGGGCUGUGGGAUGCAUCUUUGCCGAGCUCCUAUCCCUACGCCCGAUAUUCAAGGGCGAGGAAGCAAAAAUGGACAGCAAAAAGACUGUUCCUUUCCAGCGCAACCAAAUGAUGAAAAUCGUCGAGAUUCUCGGUCUCCCCCGCAAGGAAUCAUGGCCUGGCCUCGUGUCCAUGCCAGAGUAUACCCAAUUACAGUCCUUGGUACUACACCGACAACCUGCACAUUUCCACCGCGGUCCUAACCUCGAGGGCUGGUACCAGAGCUGCCUGAAAAAUGGCGGGUAUUCUGCUACGUCGAGUGUUGGUACACCCGGUGCAGAUGGAUUCGACUUGUUGUCACGGAUGUUAGAGUAUGAUCCCACAAAGCGCAUUACCGCUCAAGAGGCACUCGAGCAUCCUUAUUUUUCAAAUGGGGGCCCUAUAAGCGGGAAUUGCUUCGAAGGGAUUGAGAGCAAGUAUCCACAUCGCCGGGUUACCCAGGACGACAAUGAUAUCCGCACAGGAAGUCUUCCUGGUACCAAGCGUAGUGGCUUACCAGACGAUUCAUUGAUGAGGGCUAGUAAGCGUCUCAAGGAAUGA